AUGAGCAAGUCAGAGCUAGGUCCAGAGGCUGUAAACCUCAAACGGUGUGGCUGCUGUCAAAAAGUCUCAUACUGCAACAAAGACUCCCAAGUCUCAGGCUGGCAAGCCCACAAGUCCUCAUGUCAAAAGCCACGACCAGCUCCGGAUGCUGGUGCCUCUCUACCAUUUUCACACCAUAUGGCCGUCCGCGCCACUGGUCAGGAACCGGCAACUUAUUUCCAAAGACUCCACAAGCGGACCAACUCCGAGGCCGAAGUCUACAAGCACCUGAUUGACGUCUACCGCCUCCGGGUGCAAGACGACAUCGAUUUUACCGGCUAUAUGUAUGGAGCACACACGGUAGAUCCAGCCGGCCCACUGCCAGACUUCUAG